AUGAAUAAUUGCACUUUUAUUCUCAUCAGACGUCAGACAGUGGCCGUUGUCAACAGCUUCCAUUAUGAUGAUGGAUGUGAAUCCUGUGGAACUGAUACUUUCAAUAGAGAACCCUUUGUUGUGCUGUUCUCCUCUAAUACAGCUGUCCGGGAAUUUGCCCUCAUUCCUCAGCAUACAUCCCCAGAAGUCGCUGUGCGGGAAAUCGAUGCUCUGCAUGAUGUCGUCUUGAAUGCUAGACAACGUCUGAACACAACUAACAUCAUGCUUUUGGGAGACUUCAAUGCUGGCUGUAGCUACGUUUCGAAUUCAGACUGGUCCAAAAUAGGCCUCCGCACUGACCAAGGUUACACCUGGCUCAUCCCUGAUAGUGCAGACACAACGGUCACAAACACAAGCUGCCCUUAUGACAGGAUUGUAGCCACCUCUGACAUGAUGAAAGGAGUGUCCGCUGGAUCAGCACAGGUCUUUGACUUCAUGGGAGCCCAAGGAUUGAGCCAGAGCUGGGCCCUGGCAGUGAGUGAUCACUUUCCCGUUGAGGUCAAGCUCCUCUGAAAAACAUCAAGGUUGUUCCCUCGCAGCAGAUAUACACUGCAAUUGCCUAAUAAUGCUUGAUGUGUAGUGCUAUC